AUGAAGACGGUGGUGUGUCUUGUUCGAGGGAAACUGUGUCGUAUCGAUACGGAAGAUCGUCAGUUCAUGCCUGCCUUGAAGGAAAUAAUCAAUACACAAACCAGAUCGUACGCGUCGCUGUUCGUGAUGGAAAUGUACCUGAUGAAGCCCAACGGCAAGUGGCUUAAGACGGGAGACCCUGACGCCCAGAAGCUCAUGCGAUUGAAGGUUCCGGCCAGCAUCCGAGCUAUGAUGAGAAAGAAUGGGGAGAUGAAUCUCGUCCCCUUCAUGUCCGACCCUGCGUACGGCUUCCCCGAUACAGAAGAUGCUCGAGAUGAUGAAAUUCACAUCCUUGUUCAGGGCCAAAGGCCUUAUUCCGUGUUGUACGGGUAUGGCGAACCUUUUCACGUCACGGCUUGGUAUUGGCUCCGUGACCUCUUUACGUCCACGUGCACGGGCACGCAAAAACGACUGGGUUGGCCAUGCAACGAGCGGUCCCAACCACCCAUUUCUUCACAAACCAACAAGCACGUGAUAGACUUGGCCAAAGCCAUCCCUGGCUCACAAGACGGUAGUAGUACGUCGUACCAGCGAGGAAAAGUCCACGCACAUGGAUGCUGUGACGCUCCGUCUAGCCGAAAUGCAAACCACGAAGGUCGCUAA